CAUCCACCAGGAAGCUGCAGAGAUGAAAGUGUUGGCCUUCACCCUCCUCUGUCUCUUCAUUGCUGUCAAUGAAGCCAAAGUGUAUGAGAGAUGCGAACUGGCUAGGAAACUGAAAAACUCUCAGUUGGAUGUGGCAUCUGGCUACAGCAUUGCAAACUGGGUCUGCUUGGCUUACUAUGAGAGCAGAUUCAACAGCAGGGCUGUGGGACGACCCAACUGGGAUGGAAGUCGAGACUAUGGGAUUUUUCAGAUAAACAGCCGCUGGUGGUGCUCCAAUGGAAGGGGCACAACUGCCAAUGGCUGCAGAUCCUCCUGCAGUGCUUUCACAGAUGAUGACAUCACAAAUGAUAUUACAUGCGCUAAGAGAAUUGUCAGAGAUCCCAACAAGAUAAGCGCCUGGGUUGCUUGGAAGAAAUACUGCAGCGGAAAAAACCUCUCCCGCUGGACACAAGGCUGCAGACUGAAGUUGAUGAAAAUAAGAGAUAUUUCGCUUGAUUUUUCUUUUGAGGAAGCCAGUUCCUAA